GGAAAGGGACUCUAGGAGACAGAGAGAGAUAGGACGGAAAACAGGGAAAUGGGAAAGAAGGGAUUGGGGCACACAGGGAGUCCCUGAGGUCAGGGGAACCCAGAUCUCCACAUGGUCUCAGCCUUCCAGUUCCUCUGUAAUUCUACCCCGGGGCUUCAAAGAGGAGGUAGAGGAGGCAGCGGUGGGGAGAAGGAGCUGGGGUAGGUGGUCCAGUCAGAGCCUCUCUUGCCACCUUCCUGAGACAUCCCUCACCCACCUUCCCAGGAUGCAGCCAGAGGUGGAGCCCGUGUGCUCCCCUGCCAUGGGCAGCCCCACCAUGCACAGGAAGGCAGGAGCCCUCCUUAUGGACCUGGAGACCCCAGAGGAGAUGCAGGCUCGGAGCCUGGGCAGGCCCAUCAAAUCCUCAAAGCAGUACCUGCAGCAGGUCAUUGCAGAGUACGAGGCACUGGACCGAGAACUCCCGUGCAUCCGGAAGUUCCCCACACCACCAGCUGCCCAGCCCCUCUGCCUCUGCAUGGAGACCUUGCCCGAGGAGGAUUUUACCCACCUGGAGGUGCUGCAAGCCCUGGAGGCCCAGUUACCGGGGGCCAUGGAGAGCGGGCGCGUGAGCAGCAUCCGCUUUGAGAACAUGAACGUCAUCUGUGGGACUGCUGGCCGCCGGAACCGGUGGCUCAUCGCGGUCGCGGACUUCCAGACGCGCUCGCGCUUGCUGCGCUCCGGGCUCAGUCCCCGCGGGCUUGCGCACCAGAUCGUGCGCCACGACGACUUCCUGCUGGGCGACUACCGCCUGCACCUGCGCCGCUCCCUGGUCCGGCGGCGCAUGCUCGAGGCCCUGGGGGCGGAGCCGAACGAGGAGGCCUGACGCCCGGGCCGGCCCCGGCAGCGCUUGCGCACCGCCCCGCGGGCAGGGGCCACCCACCCGGAGCCCCGGAGGACAGGGGGCGUUGCCUUCCCAGGAAGGAGGCGGGGCCGGCUCGAGGGGGUGGAUACUGUGAGUUUAAUUAUAAAGAAUGACCUGGUACAAAAGCCA